CUUGUAACUUGCUGAAAACCUCUUUUGCUUCCAUCAAAACAUUUUUGCUACGAAGAAUUGGGUCGCACCAAUUCUCAUUUUCCUUUACGCGUACACAUUUCCAUUCUACUAUCUAACUCUAAUGUCCUUCAAGACGGUAAUUCAAUCAUUAUAAUCGUAGCACAAGACGGCCCAUUGAGCUAUCGCUGUGCUCCUCCUAGCUUGCUGUAUUAUCUUACUACAGUAACGUCCCCAUGGCGGACCGACUCCUAGCAUCAAAACAGGCCGCCGAUGUAGACGCCCUGACACCGAGGGACGCAAAUGCUCAACGAUUGAACCGAGCAAUGGAUGCAGUAAAACCUAGAGCCGCACCUGCUACCAAGCCUGUCCCGAAGGAAAAAGAGCUUCCUCCCCAACCUCCUCCUGUCGUGUACGAACCUCCGAGCUUCGACCGCAAAGAUGGAGCUGCCUACCAGGUUGGAAAAAUGCUUGGAAAAGGCGGCUUUGCCGUAUGCUAUGAAGGGUACAUCGCAGGAAGUAAGACCAGGAGGAAGUACGCGUUAAAGAUUGUCAAAAGUAAAAUGCCAUCUAAGAUGGAACAGAAGUUCCAAACAGAACUUCAAAUCCACUCCAAGAUGAAGCAUCGGAAUAUCGUUCAAUUUUUGAGGGCGUUUUCCUUCGAGAACUGUACAUAUCUCAUUCUCGAAUUAUGUCCCAAUGGGUCAUUGAUGGACAUGGUUAAGCGAAGAAAAGGAUUGACAGAGCCUGAGGUGCGAUUCUACUCGGUGCAGGUUGCCGGCGCCAUCAAAUAUAUGCACGCCAAAGGGAUCAUUCACAGAGAUUUAAAGAUGGGCAAUAUCUUUCUUGACAAGGAUAUGAAUGCUAAGGUUGGGGACUUUGGUCUCGCCGCAUUGCUAGUUACAGGGAAAGAUAUGCAAACUAUCCGUCGAACAACCCUGUGCGGAACACCAAAUUACAUUGCACCAGAGAUCUUAGAAAAGGGGAAGAAAGGCCAUGACCAUAUGGUCGAUAUAUGGAGUUUGGGCAUCAUUAUGUUUGCGAUGCUUACUUCUAAACCCCCUUUCCAAUCUUCGACGCCGGAUGAGAUCUAUCGUCGUGCUAAAAAUCGGGAUUAUGACUGGCCAAAAGCAGAGACUACGAACAAAUAUAUCUCACAAGAAGUAAAGGACAUUGUCGCUACUAUGUUGGAAGAAGCGGAAUUUCGACCAGACCCUGAUACUAUCGUUCAACAUGACUUCUUCCUUUCCGGCUACCUCCCAACAUCAGCAGAAAUCACGACGAAGUUACGCGACUACCCACCCGAAGGAGACCAAUUCUACACUGUGGACUUAACACCAAGGAUGGUUGCGCAAAACCAACACACCUUGAGGGAAAUGUGUAGAGCUUGUGAGGUUGGGCCAUGGAAUAGCACACAAUCAGAAUACAAGAGCACAUGGAGAGAAGUUGCUCUCGAAGAGAAAGCUGGAUUAACUCCCAUUAUCCCACUCGCGGAGGGCAUUGUUUAUAGGCCUUACGAAGAGGUCAGCCAGGAGCAGAACCUCGUUAGAGUGCCAUCUCGGCCAGUACCGCAGCCAGGCAUGAAGAACGAGGAAGAAGGCGCUGGAGCACAAGCAGGUGUCAAUGGCUUAUUGCGUGCCCCACCACAAAGCUUUGCAGCGCAACAGCGAGCACAAAACCGACCAGCAAAACAACCUAGCAUACCACGGUCGCGAACGGUAGACGAGAUGCCCGAGCCUAGCGCUAGUGGCACUAUGCGGUCACGUUCUAGACGAGAACUUCCCCAAUCCUCUACGGAGAACAAUCUUCGAUUAAAGACCACCUUACCCUCCAGGGCUGCACCACUUACAUCAUCACACCGGACCAUAGCAGCGAAGGCCCCAGCCUCCGCCUCAGUACCCGAAGAGAAAGUAUUGUCCCAGAAGAAAUCGGCAGAACGUGUCGAGCCCUCCACUAGUGCGACGGAAACGCCGCCUGUGGGAACUUUAUUCGGACCUACAGAACGCAAAAUGGCGGUGCCCGGAACAGAAGCUGACGUUGUGCUAGAAAGGUUACGUACCUUGCACGGCGAGUUAGAGCGCGCUCUUAACGCUAGAUCAAUGGCAUACAUGAGCAAGUCGCCGACACCAUCACCACCACACAUAGUCGUUAAAUGGGUAGACUACUCCAACAAGUUCGGCUUAGGUUAUAUAUUGAAUGAUGGUAGCGUUGGUUGUGUCCUCAAGAGCAUACCUGGAAGCGCGAAGGGUGGUAAGGCCGUUGCAUUGCCGCCAAGUUGCAUCCUGGUUCGUGAAGCCGAACAACAUUGCUCGAGGCGGCAUGACCCGGGAUACCCAGACCGUAAUCAAAUUGUGCCUAUGGCUCAGGCGGUACAGUUUUACGAAAAUAACGGUGAAACCGGUCUGUCCACUGUCUUUGUCCAUCCUUCUCAGUUCAAGAUUAGCGUUGGUCCAGAUGGCACACCAGGGAAGAUACCAGUCGGCCGUGAUAUCUUUGAUUACCGUAAACGAGAACACCUUAUUUUAUGGAAGAAGUUUGCCAAUUACAUGAUGGCUUAUGGCCGAGAUCAGGAUGCCACGACAGACGAUACUGGGCUUAUUCAGGUCCCCACAUCGACGAAGCAAACAAUGCCGCCUUGCGACGUGGUCACCUUUUACCAAAGAAUUGGCGAUGUUGGCUGUUGGGUCUUUGCUGACGGCCAUCUUCAGUUCAACUUCCCCGAUCACACAAAAAUCGUACUUGAUGCGACUGGAACCUGGUGCCAUUUCUGGCACUUGCCACAGGAGGCAGCUGAAAAACUAGCUACCACCGGAGAAUUGGAUGAGACCGCGCUCGAUGAACGUGCCGUCCUAUCCUAUCCUUUGCAGACACUCCUCAACUUUGCAGCCAAGCCGACCAUCCGACCGACGCGUAACGCUACGCGCAAGCGGCCGGAUAUCAACCCUAUGUUACAGGGUAUUCCCGCGGCUAAUGAUUUCCGUCGAAAGAUAGGAUUCAUUAAGCGCAUCAUCCACGAAUGGGUUACGAACGGCGGUCUAGGCAAUAGUAAGAUGGCUCGCGAGCACCGACAACAAUGGACGGGCGCUCGCGAGACGCUCCACAGCCAACCGACCAAGCAUGUCUGGGUCACGAUCGGUGCCCGAUGGGGCGACGCGAGGUACUCGGCUCUCGUCGAUCCGAAGAGGCCCGGCGAGCUGGGCAGCGAGGUAGAGUCUAAGACGAGCUCGUAAUAACAGUCUCGACCCUCAAGAUCCUAUAUCCAAUACUAGGUGUUGAAGAGAUCAGUGGCUUUUAAUGUUUCACCGUGCCAUGAGUGAUGAUAAGGCGUUUGCAUUCAUCAUAUUUCGUCAUAAGGGUUUAGGGUUCAUUGCAUGGCGUAUUAGGUAGUGGC